AUGUUCCGGCUACUCUCCGCCUGCUGGUCCCUGCUAAAAACAAAUGAAACUAGACCAAGGAAUGUGACUAUCAUUGUUGUUGGCUUGAACAAUUCUGGCAAAAGUGCUCUUGUGGAUGCCUUUCAAAGAUUACUUCCCAGCAAGACACAAAACAGUAUAAAACCAUCACUGACUACACUCCUGCUUGAUGAGUAUGAAGUAUCCAUCUACGAUCUGAUUGGAGACCUAAGGGGCCGAGAUAAAUGGCCAAACUACUAUGCUCAGGCACAUGGAUUUAUUUUUGUCCUGGAUUCUACUGACUUAAGACGCAUGCAGGAAGUAAAGAUCGUCUUAACACGUCUGAUGUUUGAUAAAAGAGUGGCAGGGAAACCCAUCUUACUCCUAGCAAACAAACAAGACAAGAAGGAUGCUCUGUCGCCUUGUGAUAUUAUUGAUUUUCUACUUCUGGAAAGGCUAGUAAAUGAGACUAAAUCCAUGUCCCGAGUGGAGCCAUGUUCAGUCACCAAAGACCUCCAAAGGAGAAACUAUCAAUCAAUAAUUUCAGGUCUACGCUGGCUAUUAGCUGCCAUUGGAAAUAAAUAUGAGGAGAUAUAUACUCACAAACAAGUAUCUACUAUGAGCAUACCAUCUUGCAAGAAUACCAGAGCCUCUGGAGAAAGAUGUACAUCAGAUAGCUUCCCUGCCAGAGUGGGAAUGUCUAAAGAGAAAAGGCAGCAUUUUGAGAAAAGACAACAUUUUGAGAAAAGACAACAUUUUGAGAAAAGACAGCAUUUUGAGAAAAGACAGCAUUUAGGACAAUGCACAAAGGAAGCUAGACCACUAAAGUCAAUCCUACAGAAAGAUGGUCUACGAUUGAGGCCCAAAAAAAAUAUAUCAGUAACAUUUGCUUUGGAUGAACCCAUGAAGGCAGGUGAAUGUUCCAAAGGAAAUAGAGUUCUGAACAAUAUUGAGCCUUACUGCAAACAACGUAACAAAUUAAGGGCACCAGUGCAAUAUGUUGAAAACAAUCUUUUUGAAGGUGAUUGA